AUAAAUAAAAGCGCCUUUUAGACGAAAAGGACUGGAAACUUCCAUUCACACAGCCGAAGAGCUGCCUGCGAGAAGCGCUUCAUCUAAGAGAAGUCACUUACAGAUAUCUACACAGUUACCUCUUUUAAGUGCACAAGAUUCUGCAGCCAUGUCUGUGAACAUUCAGAUCAACAGCCCUAAUGUGAGGUACACAGAUGCACACAUUGUGGCGCAGUAUCACUACCAGACCACGUCAGCGCACAGAGAGGGCAACAACAUAACGUUGACCCCCCGGACCACUGAGAUGACGUUUCGCACAGAGCGGCGUGUGCCCCGCCUGGGUGUGAUGCUGGUGGGCUGGGGAGGCAACAAUGGGACGACAGUCACAGCAGCCGUACUAGCCAACAAGCUGGGUCUCACCUGGAGAACCAAGAAUGGAGUGAAGAAAGCAAACUACUUCGGCUCCCUCCUGCAGAGUUCUACUGUUUGUGUUGGAUCAGGGCCCGAGGGCGAAGUCAGCGUGCCCUUUCGUGACCUUCUACCCAUGGUGCACCCUAAUGAUAUUGUCUUUGACGGCUGGGAUAUCUCCUCAAUGGAUCUUGGCAGUGCGAUGGAGAGAGCUCAGGUACUUGACUGGUCAUUACAAGAGCAGCUGCGGCCAUAUAUGAGCCGCAUGAAACCCAGACCGUCCAUCUAUAUCCCAGAAUUCAUUGCUGCAAACCAAGAGAAUCGGGCAGACAACGUCCUCACCGGGACCAUGGCAGGGCAGGUGGAGCAGAUCAGAGCUGACAUAAGGGAUUUCCGUCAGUCGAGCGGUGUGGACAAAGUCAUUGUUCUGUGGACCGCCAACACUGAGCGCUUCUGUGAUAUCAUACCGGGGGUCAAUGACAGCGCAAAGAACCUGCUAACUACAAUCCAGGCUGGACACGAGGUUUCUCCAUCCACUCUGUUUGCAGUGGCCAGCAUACUGGAGGACUGUGCCUUCAUCAACGGCUCCCCACAGAACACGUUUGUACCAGGAGCCAUAGAGCUGGCUGUGCAGAAAGGGGUGUUCAUUGGAGGAGACGACUUCAAAUCCGGUCAGACCAAGAUCAAGUCUGUGCUGGUGGACUUUCUGGUCAGCUCAGGUAUCAAGCCGGCCUCCAUUGUCAGCUACAAUCACCUCGGCAACAACGAUGGCAAGAACCUGUCUGCUCCGGAGCAGUUCCGCUCCAAAGAGAUCUCCAAGAGCAACGUGGUGGAUGACAUG